UGGAUAGAAACGUGGGGGUCCAUUAAUGCUCGGGAUCAGUGUUUGAAAACAUCUAUGAAAGAUGGGUAAAAACGCCACGAAAAGCCAUCGAAAAAUUCAUACAAAAAGCAAAGCGGCAAGCGGGUGGAAGACGACCCGCCGAAGAACAAGGGGGUGGAAGACUGUCUACCGAAAAGGACGGAGCCUCAUCUCCCACGCCGUUUAUCGGUCUCGCUUCGGCAUCGUGAAAUUGAUCGGUCCAACUAAUUUGAUGUUACCCGUUGAUAAGCCCAACCAUAAUUUCCCGCAUGUACACGUAAGUGCGUUGGUAGAUGGAAAUCGGACAAACCGGCACAGAAAGAAAUCUUAUAUUAUUCUAUCGAGUCUUCUCGUCUUGAUGGUCUUCUCUGCCAUCCUGAUAUCCGGAUUUCGCCUCCAGCUCCUGAAAAAAAGACAAAGAGCAAGAAAUGAAGCGAGCGCGCUUUCAAAAGCCUUAGGUAUCAUCGUAGUGUUGUUGUCGGAUAACCAGGCCAAUCCCAUAUAGCCCGUAUCCUGCCGUAAUUACAGCCUCUAGUCAUAGG